AUGUUUGUUGUGAAUCCGGUGAACACGGUACACUACUGCUAUCAGUGCCGUGAUGCCAUCUGGGGAAUGCAACCAUGGUGUUACUUUUGUGCCAACUGUGACGUGAAGGUACAUACUCAGUGCACAUCUUCGCUUACAGAUGCCUGUUAUCCUGCAACACUAGGCAAACACAAAUCGAAGACGCGACGCCCAGGAUUAAUGGGGAAGUCGGAUGCAGAAGAUGAGGAAGCGCCACGUGUCGAUCACAAUGUCAAGUCCACAAGUUCGGAUUCAGGCAUCGGGCAGGAGAUUCACGAUAAACCUGUUGGUAGAUCGCAUAGCAUGCGAAAUCGUGUGGUGAGCAUGAAUACACGCUAA